CAGUGAUAUCAGACGCACAAUUGUUUCCUGGAGUGAAGAGCGUGACUUCUGAAUCCACCUUUGCACUGGAUCGCUGUUAUUGAGUCAGUCGGAAUGUGAUUCUUCAGCUCACUUACAGCUGGAUUAACGCGUCAGGAGUCUAUAGACCGACGCGCUUUUGAGUUCAUAAACACUGACUUGCGGGUUUAACCAGAUUUCAGAGGCACAACAUGUGCGAAAGAGGCGACAAUGACGCUGGAAAGGACGGAGUGAUUCACACAGACCAGACGAGAAGCUCUAAUCUGAACUCUGAUCACACUGAAAUCACCGAAUGCAAAGACACCGGCACAGUUCCCACUCGUUUAUACCGGAGGAGAUGGCUCAUAGUGUUCCUCUUCAGCUCGUACUCGCUGUGCAACGCGUUCCAGUGGAUCCAGUAUGGAAUCAUCAACAACAUCUUCAUGAAGUUUUACAACGUGACUUCCUUCGCCAUCGACUGGCUCUCAAUGAUCUAUAUGUUGACUUACAUCCCCUUCAUCUUUCCAGUGACAUGGCUGUUGGAUCGGAAGGGGCUGCGGGUGAUCGCGCUGGUCGCCACGUCCAUCAACUGCGUCGGGACGUGGAUCAAAGUGGUCAGCGUUCAGCCCAGCCUGUUCUGGGUCACGAUGCUCGGACAGUUCGUCUGUUCAUUCGCGCAGGUGUUCAUCCUGGGAAUGCCGUCUCAGGUCGCGUCCGUGUGGUUCGGUUCGGAUGAGGUGUCCACCGCUUGCGCCAUCGGAGUGUUUGGAAACCAGCUUGGUAUUGCUAUCGGCUUCUUAGUGCCACCCGUUCUUGUGCCCAAUGUUGAUGACAUCAAUGAAAUGGCUCAACGCAUCAGCAUCAUGUUCUACAUCACAGCUGGAGUGGCGACCGUCAUCUUUCUGCUGGUCGUGUUUGUGUUUCAGGAUAAACCAGAAAUCCCGCCGUCUGCAGCUCAAGCUAGGCUCAGAAACGCUCCCGCGGGACAGUACUCGUACACGGCAUCGAUCGGAAGACUGCUCCGCAACAAACCCUUCAUCCUACUCAUCAUCAGUUAUGGACUGAAUGUGGGCUGUUUCUAUGGCGUUUCCACACUGUUGAACAGAAUGAUCAUGGAACAUUACCCUGGUGAAGAGGUGAAUGCUGGGAGGAUUGGUUUGACUAUUGUUGUUGCUGGGAUGUUCGGCUCUCUCAUCUGUGGUAUCUGGCUGGACAAAACCAAGACUUACAAACAGACGACACUCUCAGUUUAUCUGCUGUCUUUUGUUGGGAUGGUGGUCUACACAUUCACCUUGGACUUGGGUCAUCUGUGGGUCGUGUUUCUCACGUCAGGAGCAAUGGGGUUCUUCAUGACGGGUUAUCUGCCACUGGGUUUUGAGUUUGCAGUGGAGCUCACUUACCCAGAAUCAGAGGGCACUUCAUCAGGACUGCUCAAUUGCUCAGCACAGAUGUUUGGAAUCGCAUUCACCAUCAUUCAAGGCAAAAUCAUUGAUCACUUUAGCACACUGGCUGGCAACAUGUUCCUCUGUGUCUUCCUUCUCAUCGGCUCCAUCAUGACAGCAUUUAUAAAAUCUGACCUGCGACGGCAGAAGGCCAAUCAGCAGUCUCAUUCAGAGACCAGCACUAAAUCAUCCGAGCAUCCCGAAGAUGCAAAACCAUCACCAGUGAAAGAGAUCAAGAUGUGAUGGAAAACCUUUAGAAUAACACACUCUUCAAUAUGUUUUUAAACACACAGACUCCCAUGUGCUACACUCCAUAAAAUACAUUACAAAUAUGAGCUGCUUAAAGACUUUAUUUUCAAAAGCUUUAUUAAUUGGAAUUUUUGUAGAAGUGAAGUGGUUUUGAAGUUCUGUGCCCACCAUCAGUGAGGAUGAUGCAUUUCUUUACACAGCUAAUAUCCAGAAAUUACUUCUGGAAAUCAGUGUUAACUGACUAUAGGCACAAG